GUGCGCAUGUGCGGGCGGCUGAGGGGGCUUUCGGGGGCGCGCGGGCGGGCGGGGGGCCUGGUGGUAGACACGGACACGGACACGGGCACGGGCGUGGGCUCCGACACCGAGUCGGGCGCGGGCUCAGAGGGAAGUGGGCGGACGGACCGACGUGCCCGCGGCUCCGGCAGCCCCUCCAUGGAGGUGACGCCCCCCCUGCUGCCCCCUCAGGGGCCCCCGGUGAAGCAGGAGGCCCGCGCGGGGGAGGCCCUGGCCCCCGACUCCCCGUGGUGCCGUUUCCGCCACUUCCACCUGGGGGACGCCCCGGGGCCCCGGGAGGCGCUGGGCCUGCUGCGGGCGCUGUGCCGGGACUGGCUGCGCCCCGAGAUCCACACCAAGGAGCAGAUGCUGGAGCUGCUGGUGCUCGAGCAGUUCCUGAGCGCGCUGCCCGCCGACAUCCAGGCCUGGGUGCGAGGCCGCCGGCCCGAGAGCGGCGAGGAGGCCGUCAGCCUGCUGGAGGAGCUCUGGGGGCCGGUGACGGCCCAGGAUCGGCCCCAGGAGCUCAGGGGGCAGCGAGAGAUGGCCGGCGUCGCCGGGGCCGGGAAGGAAGACGGCGGGAUGAUGCCGCUAGGAGGCGAGCCGCCCUCGGGGGCCGUGAGUGUGAACGCCGCCCCGGCGCCAGCGGGGGCCUCCUCGGAGCUGGCGCGCCCCUACAAGCAGGAGCCGGGCAGCCCCCCGCCGCUGCCGGCGCUGCCCUCCUGCCUGCCCUGCUUCCUGGGCCCGGCGGCGGCCGUGGUGGCGGCCGCGCCGGCCUCCUGCCUCGAGUGCGGCAAGGCCUUCCUGAAGCCGGCCCACCUGCUGCGCCACCGGCAGAGCCACUCGGGCGAGAAGCCCCACGCGUGCCCGGAGUGCGGCAAGGCCUUCCGGCGCAAGGAGCACCUGCGGCGGCACCGGGGCACCCACCCGGGCCCGCCCCCGGGCGCGGGGCCCGCGCCCACCCUGGGCCUGUGCGCCGGCCCCCGCCCGGCCCGCGAGAAGCCGCACGCCUGCCGCGACUGCGGCAAGACCUUCUACUGGCGCGAGCACCUGGUGCGGCACCACAAGACGCACUCCGGGGCCCGGCCCUACGCCUGCUGGCAGUGCGGCAAGGGCUUCGGGCGGCGGGAGCACGUGCUGCGCCACCAGCGCACCCACGGCCGGCCCCCGGCCCCCUCCGGCCCGGCCGCCGCCGUGGCCGCCACGGCCGGGGGCGGGCCCUUCGCCCCGUGGCCCGUGGGAUAGGGGCGCCCGGCGCCCGGCGGGCCGCGGCCCGACGCUGGUCGCUCCCCCUCCUCCCCGACCCUCCGGACCGAGCCCGCCCCGAGGAGG